UUCUGUUCCAAACUGUCAAACCGCGCUAGAUGAUCGAGCCUGUAUGCUAUACUGACCUUGGUUGUGAGGUCGGCCAUUACGGAGUGAAAAACAUAUUUGUGGAGUGCAUUUUUCUACACCAAAAUAAUACCAUCUAACUCACAUACCAGCAGCUGGAUUCGGUUGCCUUGCCUUUCCGAACGUGCUAGCCAACGUUUCGGAUAGUUUUUCAGCGAAGCAACGGUGGCCCAGCGCGUGCACGACACGAUUUUCACAACCGGGCCCAAAGCAGAAGCCAAAGCCAGGCCAAGAGAGUCAGCCAAUAAAGACAAGAAACCAGAGAAAAAAAACGGCACGACACGACGUAAGAAGGCCCUCACUCUCUCUCUCUGUCUCUCCCGCACCGUCCCCUUUCACAUUGAUAGUUGCUUGCUUUGCGGUCGAAUGGCGUCUUGGGAAAUUGGUGUGACGACAGACUGCAAUGGAAUGAUGAAAUAAUUGCCCUAAUCAUAUAAACUAAAUGUCCUUCUUGAACGCUUUUCGCGGGUUCGCAGAAAUUGACCGCGUGUGCAGUGGCGGCGGUAGUCUGCUUGUCCGAUGGCAGGCAUAGCUGAAUGUCUACUGCUCGGAUCCGUUUGGCGCCUAACGAAGAUCUCCCCCCGUCAUUAGGGCCGACUAGGAAUAGGGCAUGCAAAAGUUAUCUGUGACGUUGCAAAACAAAAAUCACACUGCCAACGAUUGAUCGCCAUAUUUUCCGUAGUAGAAAAGGCGUGUGUUCAAGUGUGCGUGAAAACGGCGAGCGUGUGUCUAACGGUAACACGGCUGGUAGUGUGUGAGUGCGGUCGAUAAACGGGGUGCAAGGUUUGUGAGCGCGCGCUUGUGUGUGUAAUGUGUGUGUGAAACCAUCGCUAGCACGCACACAGUGGUAAACGGCUUGCUCGGAACGCAUCAUCUGCUGAAACGAGCGAAAUAAGAAAGGUGGUGGUGGAUUCUAGUAGGCGGCUUCUAUGUUUAUUUCUAAACGUCACAAACGUGGGCCAUGUACCGAUGGAUAAACUCAGAAUUAUAAACAACAAUCUCAGCACCAUUAUUGUGCCGCGUUUUGGCUGAGGGAAAAAACAAGGCAACAACGAAAGUACACCAACCUGUACUGUACACAAUCAAUCGAGAAGGUCCGGGAUGAAAGCAGGUUAACAUUCGACCAAGCAGAACGUAGGACACGUGUCUCUUCCUUCGAGGACACACUCUGGUUGACCGUCGUCCUGUACUCAGGGAUAGGCAUCAAUCGAACUUGCACGGUUUCCGUAACUGGUCGGCGUAAAGGAAAGCGGCCCGAUCACCUCGAACCUAACCAUCGAUGGCUUCUGGUGGUAGCGCGAGCGGAACGACGAGUAAGAACGAUGAUUCGAAAUGGUACUUUACAGCCGAACAGCUGGCGAGCUCGCCGAGUCGCAAAUGUGGCAUGGAUGCGGAUCAAGAGCUUAUGUACAGACAGCGUGCUGCCAACCUAAUACAGGAUAUGGGCCAGCGGUUGCAAGUAUCUCAACUAUGCAUCAACACGGCCAUUGUUUACAUGCAUCGGUUUUAUGCAUUUCAUUCGUUCACACAAUUCCACCGCAACAGCAUAGCUGCCGCCGCUCUAUUCUUAGCAGCAAAAGUCGAGGAACAACCACGCAAACUGGAACACAUCAUCAAGGUCGUACACAUUUGUCUCGGACUGGACGCACCGGAUCCGAUGCGAGAAAACUAUGCCGAACAGGCACAGGACCUAGUGUUCAAUGAGAAUGUGCUGCUGCAAACGUUAGGGUUUGAUGUAGCCAUCGAUCAUCCCCAUACACACGUCGUGAAAACCUGCCACCUGGUGAAAGCUUCCAAAGAUUUGGCACAGACAUCUUACUUCAUGGCAUCCAAUAGUUUACAUCUUACAACCAUGUGCCUGCAGUACAAACCGACGGUCGUGGCCUGUUUUUGCAUCCAUCUCGCCUGCAAAUGGUCCCGAUGGGAGAUUCCACAGUCGAACGAGGGUCGCCACUGGUUUCACUAUGUGGACAAAACGGUAACGCUCGAUCUGCUGAAGCAGCUGACGGACGAGUUUCUGCACAUUUUUGAUCGCUGUCCGACACGGUUGAAAAGCAAGAUGAAAUCAAUACGGGCAGAUACGGGAGCGGAGGAAUCUGGACGACGAACAGGUGGUAGCAGUAGUAGCAGCAGUAGCCUAAUGGCUGCCCCUUCCUCUUCGUCUGUACCGCGCGGUCUUGAUGAAGGCAGCUCGACCUCAUCGUCCGCCUCUAGUCAUCAUCGUCCUAAGCAGGGUUCCAGCUCCGAAAUGAUGAAACCGCACGGAAUGUCGUCUUCCGGGAGCCAUCAAAAGAUUCCUUCCUCAUCGUCGUCCGGUUCGGGAUCCCGUUCACGUUCCGAACGACCAUCCGCCGGUUUGUCGUCCUCCGGCAGUUUGGCGGGCCAGCAACAACAGCAGCAGCAGCAAGCACCGCCACAGCAUUAUGGAAGCGGUAGUAGUAGUAACAGCGGCAACAGCAGCAAAGGUCCACCCUCGAUAUCUUCGCACCGAGGCAGCAUGUCGAUGAACCCUUCCAGUGCCGUGUCGUCUCAGCGAUCGAGCGCAGGGUAUCAGGGACACGAGGGAAGCAAAUCUCGCCAACAGUCGUCCGUCUCCGGUAUGAUGCAGGCAGGCGGUGGUGCGACAGCAGGUGCUGGUGGCAGCACGUCAUCCGGUUCUUCAUCUUCCAUGCAUUCCGGUUACAAUCAGAUGAAGGCGGAUCGUCACAGCAGUGGUCAAAAGCUAGCACCAAAGCCACAGUCUACUUCUUCUACAUCCGGUACUACUGCUGCACCCAACUACAAUGCGAAACAUCAGCAGCAAGCGUCCCAGCAGCAGCAGCCUUCCUCUCUCUUUUCUCAUCCGCCAAGUUACAACCAAUCGAUCAGUGGACGCGCAUCGAAUCUUCCGAUCGCUGAUCAGCAAUCAUCAAGUGCGGGCAGCAGCAGUCAGCCAAAAACCGAACCAUCUUCCUUCCGAUUGCUUGACGAAUCGAUCGGACGCUUGACCGAUCCGAUGCAGAUGUGUACGCCACCGAAGCAAAGCAAACCAUCGUCCAUCUUUAGCCCGGAUUGGAAAGAUUCGCAGAACGAAUCGAUGCAGAAUAUACCGCCGAGUAAAUCUCGAUCGAGCGGCCACUACGGUAAUGUAACGGCCGGUGCAACAUCGUCCGAGCGGCUGCUAAAACCACCGAAAGGCAGUCCUAGCGGCAAGAAGCAACAGCUGCAACAACUACAACAGCAUCACGGUUCGGCGAUGGGACCAUCGCGGUCCGAUGCGCAGAAGAAAGAUCGCCGUUUGGACGCCUCUUCAGGGCUCGCCGCACAGCAGCAGGCUGUCUCUAGCAAGCAUCAGCUGAUGGCACACGACAAAAAAUCCCUGAUGCCGCCAGGUUCCUCCAGCGCUCUUCCGAUGGCCGGUGGCAAUAGUAACGUUAGUAACACUGGUAGCAAUAACGGUAGUAGCAGUAGUAAUAGUCACACUAGCCACAAUUUAAAACGAUCAUUAGACGGUACGGUUAUACCUCCGAACGCACUAGCCGCCAACGAUGGUACGGUGCUGGGAAAUCUCUCCGGUAACGGAGCGCCUGGUUCGAUGGGGGCAAACAGUGCCGCCAAUACCACUAUGUCCACCCAAGCGAAACGACCGCAUCCGAGCAACGAACAGAUACGGCAGGACGAUGGGACAGACUUCCGAGAGCAGAAAGUGCGCCGAACGGCGGAACCAUCCAGCUCAUCGUUUCUCUCUUCCGGUUCGCCUUCCGACCAGUUGUUCAAUUCCUCGUUCGAUCUGGCCAGCACGUUCGACAAGAUGGAUGAUUCCUCGUCGCUGUUCAACUUUAACGAUCCUGGCUCGCUGCUUUCCCAACCGCUGCUGAGUGAUUCGAAACCGUCGACGCUAGCAAAAAGUGGCGGCAUUUUUAGCAACACAAUCAACGGUAUCGAAACGAACGCAGCGCUCGUUAGCAGCUUGCUGAAAGAAAGUCUGUUCAACGAAACGCCAAAGUUUGGUUCACUGUACGGCGGCACGGGUACGAAUGAGGCACCGUCCGGUGGGACACGGUCUGACGUUCCGGAUGCCAAGCCAAUCGACACAACGGGCGGCAGUAGUGCAUCGUUAGCAAUGGAUACGAAGCCGCAAAUUAGUGCGAUGGAGAGCUCACACGGAUUUCCACCUUCGUCCACCGCUAAUCAGCAACAGAUACCGGGUAGUGGUGCCAAUGAAUCAGCCCCGUCCGGUGUGGUUCCACCUUCCUAUCCCUGGGUAACAACGAAUGCUAAUCUUGCGAGUGAAACUUCCGUCAGUGUUGUGCCAGUACAACCAGCACCAGCUGCUGUCGCGAUUGAUCCCACGGCACAGUCCACACUAGCCACGGCGGCUUCGACGGCUUCCGAUCCCGACACGGACCAGGGCGCAGGUGGACAUCGAUCGAAAUCGGAAAAGAAAAAGAAAAAGGAAAAACACAAGCACAAGGAAAAGGACAAGACGAAGGAUCGUGAUCGUGAGGAAAAGAAAAAGCACAAAAAAGACAAAGACAAACACCGGGAUCGGGAACAUCGGGAGAAAGGUGAUCAUCAUUCCGGGCCAGGCACGGGUUCGGACAAUGUUACCGGGGCUGGUGGUGCGGGUGGCGCUAGCCAUCAGCACGGUUCACAUUCGGCACAGGAUCCACAGCCACCGCCCGGUCCGAUUAAGAUCAAACUUAACCGCGCCAUCAUUCCGCCAGUGGUGGAUGGGGUCGGAUUACAUGCGUCCGGUACGGGAGGCGGUUCCAGUUCGGCGAAUGAUGGAUUAAAGAUAAAAAUUCCCAAGGAUCGAUUGUCCGGUUCGUCUUCACUGCCCGGUGGUCCGGCAACGGGCGGCGCCUCUUCGAUGGCCGGUGGUUCUCACGGUGCAUCGGCUCACGGUGUCUCCGGUGCGGGUAGUUCUUCCAGUGCUGCUGGUGGCGGUGGCGGAUCGGCAUCCUUGAAGUUGAAAAUUUCCAAGGAUAAAAUAGAACACUACAAUAUUAGCGCUACAAGCGAAGCGAUCGGUGGUGCCGGGCCACAUCUUGGUGGCGCCGCGGGAGGAAAUGUUGGUGGUACGGGUGGACUAGGAGCAAUCAUGGGCAUGGGUGGAGGUCCGAAUGCCAUCGGUAGCGGUAACAGUAGUAAUAGUAGUAGCAAAAAGAAGGACAAGGAGCGUGAUAAGGAUCGUGAGAAAAGUAAAUCGAAGUCAUCUUCGGAACACGGAAACCGUCAAAACGGUGGCGGAUCAGUGGCACCCGGAAACAAUAGUAGCAAAUCAUCUAGCAAGAAUCUAUCAGCUUUACCGCAGCAGCAAUCACAGCCGCAACAGCAGUAUGGUAUGUACAAUGCAAACCAAUCCAUGACGGCCGCCCCAAUGGCAGCCGCCGGAAUGCUACCAGGACUGCACGGUUAUCAUCAUCAGGCAGGGUUCGAUUACCUACAGCAGCAACAAUCGGUUGCCGCUCUCCAACAGCAGCAGCAGCAACAGCAACAGUACUAUUCCCAAUAUGGUCAGUUUGGGCAACAGCAGCAGCAGCAGCAACAGUUUCAACAGCAGAUGGCCGCCUCCGGUGCCGGUUCGAUGUUAAUGAACGCAUCCGGGGCCGGCAUGAUUGGUAAGAUUUCUGGACAGCCAGGCACGGCCGCCGGUAUGCAAUCAUCCUCGCUGCCACCGUACUACUACGGUGGAGGGUCCGGUCCGGGAACGGCCACAAAUCAGGGCGGUGGUGCUGGUAAAAAAUAAGAUUAUUUCGCUUCACUAGCAAAGUAAAACCUCACAGCUCAAGCGUUCUUCGUGUGUCUAUUGUUCUCGGCAUUGAUGCAACGACCCCCAUUUACUGUGAGUUUUCGGAGUAUGCUGGAAGCUUUCUUUUUUGUUCCAGUUUUGUUAGAUUUUUUUUUUUAUAUAUGUACAUAGUUCGAACCGAUUUACAAAUUUCGACUAUAUAAGUUUCAACGAUUUUUUUUAAGUAGAUUAUACUACAGAUUGCGAUCAUGUGAGAGAGCAUACACAUAGUGCGGUACACACCGGUCCUGGCACAUUUGCAGCGAUGGUACCGAUUCAUCGAGAAUCUUAAAGGAUUUUUAGUUGUUUAUGUUAUGAUUAUUUGAUUACAAAUAUAUAAAACACUGCUAGCGACAAGAAGGACUAAAUGAAAAAAAGUGCUGUUAAAUGUUUACCAAGUGUCGUUAGUCGCAGUUAGCCCCCCCCCUUUUUUGCAUACUUUUUUUUAGCUACAGUUAAUGUUAUUUGCCUAAGCACACCGAUUUUGCGCCGCGCAUUUCGGAGAGGAAUAAUAAACGGUCUGUUGGAAAAGGUCCAAAUUACUAGACUAGUUUGUGACAGUUUAAUCUAGUGCUAGGCUUUGUAAACCGGUCUAGAAUUAACCGUGUUCAGUGGAAUACAAUGCAAUACGUUACGAACGUAUCGCUGGAGAAUAUCAUGCAAAGAUGGAACGUUCCAAUGUUGUUGAACUCGUUGCGUGUUGUUAGCAAAGCAGUAGCUCUUCCCCGGGCAGUCAUAUUGGUAAAGGCACAGUAAAGAAAUGACUUAAACACGAUUGUAUAAAAAAGCAACGAUAGAAUGACGUCCGAUGUGUCGACGUGCAAGAGAUUGUGACGAUUUAAUUUAAGUUAGCAAAACAAAUGAAUUGAUAAAAAAAAACAAACAAAAUCUCGUAUGAUUGUCCAAGGAUAUAGGCAAAUUGUAACAAAAAAAAAACAUAAACUGAUUCGACUACUUCCGUGCUACUAUGGGGUGUACGCCUAUGUUGUGUUUAUUCACAUUUGGAUACUUCUUAGAAGUGUAAUUUCGGUUUGUAAUGUUGCAUUAACUCUUUGUGCUUCUUCUACUCGUUUCGUUCUGCUCAACGAUCGUUUACUGCUUGGGAAUAAAGUGUACCUUGCUACAUCAAUUGUCAAUAACCGAUUAACUGGUAUUUCAUUGAGUGAAUGGAUAAAGAAUGGGAGAUCCUUUUCAAAUUCUAAAAUAACAUUAUACACUGUGGCAUGGUACAGUCCCAUAGGCGGGAAAGAUGCUAGUUAAAGAAAUCUUUCAAAAUCUUUUGCAAUUACUGAGCUACCGAAGAAGAAGAUACAAUGACUGAGAUGAAGGAAGCGCAUCGAUAACCAAUUGGAGAUUUUAAAACACACACAAAACGGCACCCAGAAUCAGUUCCAUUCGGGUUUGGCUUAAAAAUUUCAUAACGAGUCAGACUCGUCGAAGAUGUAACGAAGGGUUAAUGAUAUUAUCAAAAUAAAGAAGACAAAAAAAAAGAUUAAAAAACAAAAGGUAAAAAUCAAGACGAAAAAAAAACACAAGAAUUUAACUAUUAUAGCGCAAGAAACGAUUCGAACACUACGAAAGUUAUUCAGAAGUUACAAAAUUGCUAAAAUGGAAAAAAUACAGCAAAUAUAUCAAUUAGGCAAUGUGUGAGGGGUACGUACCGAAAGGUACAUUCUUUUGGGUGAGAUUACGAAAAUGUUUGCUGCUAUUUCUACGCGAAUCAUAGCCAUCGAUGGGACACGGUUUGCACAUGCUGCACUGCUGGAUCUGUGUACUGCGUUUGACCGGAGGCGUGUGAUGUGGGAGUCCGCGCAGGGUAAAUAAAGGAUGAGAUUGAGCGUACGUAAAAUUUGUGCAUAUUGCAACAUUUAUUCACUCUUUGGAUGCUUACCUUCUUGUUCGGAAACAUUACGCUAAGAGCUAAAUAAUCCAGUACAAUCUACUCGCAUUACCAAUAAUAUCACGUGGGACAGAAGAGUGCAGGAGCGAUUAACUGAACUUGUACGUACAUAUGAUGAGGCUGCAGACUGCGGGAAAGCAAUAGAAUAAUCCUACGAAAAGCGGGGUGAAGGAUGGAUUCAUCUCCUACGAAUCCUACACACGUAUGCGACACAUCCAACGAAUGUUCGCCAAAAAACACGUAAAGCAACUAAGUAAAUACUAUUGAACCUACAUAUUGACUAGAGAAAAUUAAAUGAAACCAUACACUCACACAAACACACCCUUUGCUAUAAUUAAUAGAACAUACUUCAGAAGGAUACCAUUACUCUAAAUUUUGCGCAUACACACAGAAAUACAACAGAAGAAAACAUGUUUAAACGAAGAAAGCUAUACACAACAAAACACUCGAACUGAUAAGUCUGAAUUAGAUGGAAACUUUAGUAGAUGAUGAAGAUGGUUAAGGUGGAAAUUCGCCCACAGUGCGAUAGUUAGUCCAUGAGAGUGAGAUUGAGAAGAGUUACGAAACAAAGGUGUGAAAGAUGAGCAUAACAGGAAAGGUGAAAUUCAAAGAAAUAUAUUAAUUAAUUUGUUAACAAAAGAAAGCAAAAACAAACAAACAAGUACUCACAAACCUGCGCUAAAUCAGCAAAAUAGUUUCAAAAACAAUAUAUAAAUAUAUAUAUCUUUGGUUUAUGAAAGUAAUUGGGCAGUUUUCUAGUCCUGAAUUGACUUUAAACCAAGGCGUGCAGGGUUUGCCUGGCACCAUUCCCGGAUGUAUUACUUGAAUCAAUCAAUACUACGAGCCAUGGUUUUCGUUCCCGGCAAAAUUGGCAUCGGCUGUUUUAUAGCACUAGAGAUUAAUAAGGAGAUUCAUCUUCUCAACUAAGGUUUUUUGCUAAGCGGAUGGUUAAUGAAAAAGAAAGGAAUGCAUUUGCAAUAGUUCGUACGCGGUUGAUAUUUCUGAUGAUGGUCGUUUGCGCGGGGACAAGUAUGAAACCAAACUAACAAACAAACUAUUUAACGGAAAUCAACUAAUCUACCAAGAAAAUACAAAAUGUGGAAGUUAGGGGAAGAAAAAGAUGCCGU